AUGUCACAGAAAGCCUACGCCAUUGUACCCCGACACCGCUGUCAGAUUCAAAGUCUACGCCAUGGUACCCCGACACCGCUGUCAUAUUCAAAGCCUAUGCCAUUGUACCCCGACACCCCUGUCAGAUUCAAAGCCUACGCAAUUGUACCCCGACACCGCUGUCAUAUUCAAAGUCUACGCCAUUGUCCCCCGACCCCGCUGUCAGAUUCAAAGCCUACCCCAUUGUACCCCGACACAGCUGUCAUAUUCAAAGUAUACGCCAUUGUACCCCGACACCGAUGUCAGAUUCAAAUUCUACGCCAUUGUACCCCGACACAGCUGUCAUAUUCAAAGUCUACGCAAUUGUACCCCGACACCGCUGUCAAAUUCAAAGCCUACGCAAUUGUACCCCGACACCGCUGUCAGAUUCAAAGUCUACGCCAUUGUACCCCGCCACCGCUGUCAUAUUCAAAGCCUCCGCCAUUGUACCCCGACACCGCUCUCAGAUUCAAAGCCUACGCCAUUGUACCCCGACACCGCUGUCAGAUUCAAAGCCUACGCAAUUGUACCCCGACACCGCUGUAA